GAAUUCGAACAAUUCACAUUCGAAUCCCUCCUCCUAAUACAUCCAGAAAGUGAGAGGCAGUCUACAGUCGGUCUACAUAUCACAAAGCCACAUCCCAGAUGAUGCCACUGAGCCCCAUCACCCAAACACCUAUCCCUACUAUGCUUCCUUGGCAACCCAAAAUUCUAAUGACCCGUAUCAGAAAACCCAUAUCACUGCCGGUGGUGUCUUCUCCUUCCUUUUCUGUUCGCUCUUCCUUUUCUCUCUGUGACCGACCCCUCAGAUAUGCAGUGCUUGGAGCUGGCUUUGCUGGGUUGUCUGUAGUUUGGCAUUUGUUGCAACACAGUAUUAAGGAUCUUUGGAUUGACAUCUAUGACGAAGUUGGCAUCGGUGGAGGUGCAUCUGGAGUGUCUGGAGGGCUCCUUCAUCCAUAUUCCCCAAAAGUUAAGCUUCUUUGGCUGGGUGAAGAUUGCUGGAAAGAGAGUUUGAAGCUUUUAAGCGUUGCUGAAGCAGCAGCAUGUUCCAGGGAGUUCAACUUGGAAACUCGAAAAAUUGCUCAAGGUUCCGACAGUUUCCUAGUACGGAGAAGAGGUAUCCUUAGACCAGCUGUCAGCUUGAAGAAUAUGGAUGUAAUGAAUGAUAAUUCUCAGAACUGCCUUGCCAGUUGCAGAAUAGAGUCCAUUGAUAAGGAUGCAGCCCAAAAUCUCGUGCCCAAUUUAUGUGUACCUUUAAACUUGGCCUUUUACAUGCCCGAAGCUGUGAAUGUUCAUCCAAAAAGCUAUCUGGAGGCACUCUACUCAGCUUGUGAAAUUCUAGUGAGAAACAUGUCCACUUCCAGUUCUGGUAGAAAAGUUUUAUGUUUGCAUAAGAAAUCUGUGGGCAAUCUCCUUGAACUGGCAGGGGAGUACGAUGCAGUAAUUGUUUGUCUAGGUGCCAGAACAGCAUUUCUACCUGAGCUCUCUGGGAGACUUCCUUUAAGGACAUGCAGAGGUGUCUUAGCUCACCUGCAACUCCCUGAUGACAGUGGGGAACAUUAUCCAGAACAUGGCCCCUCAAUCUUGUCAGAUGCGUGGCUUGCUGUACAGGGGCCCCAGAAUCUACAUUUGGGUUCGACAUGGGAAUGGAACUCAAGAAAUUAUUCCCCGGAUGUCUCCAGUGAUGAAGCUUCAAAAGCGAUGGACGAGCUUAUACCGAAAGCAUCAGCCAUAUUCCCAGGAAUAAAGAGUUGGGCCUUCGCUGGAGCACGUGCAGGUCUAAGGGCAAUGCCACCACUCACUUUUCAUGGAUCACUUCCGCUUUUGGGUUGUAUAGAUGAUUUUGUAGGGGGAAAUCAUGGUGGUAAAUUCUGGUUAUUUACAGGACUUGGUUCAAGGGGUCUGUUGUACCAUGGUUGGCUUGGGAAAAUAAUGGCACAAGCUGUGCUUUCCUGUGAUGAAACUUUGAUACCUCCUGAACUAACCUCUUGGAAGAAGAAGCAAUAGUUUAACAAAAAAUUACUAUUCAAUACCACGUUUC